ACCAAGCUUCAAGUUGGUUUCUGGUUUGCUUUAUUUUAUCUUCUCUGCCCAGAGGAGGAAGGGGAUGGAUAGAGCGCCUUGCGGGGCACCAUCCGUCCAGCCAAGCUCCACCGGGCACAGCUGGUAAUCCAGCCCGGGGCAAGAGCAGGAAGGAGCUGCAGAAACGGGCCAGGGACUGUUGGCCAAAGGCACAUGUAGUAGAGGGGAAAGCAGACCACCAAGGAUACCUGAUGUCCCUAAUGCACUUGCAGAAUGGGCCAGGCAAACAGGCUGCACGUCAAAACUCAUGGGAUGUCCCCGAGAGGUGAGGGAGAGAUGGGCAGGUAUACAGGAAGAAUGAGAGUGAUGCCCUGAGAAUUUUGCCACAAAGAAAACCACGGGUUUGUGUCAUGUGCCUGCAUGGAAUGCCACCAGAGCAUGAUGCGAGCAUUCGGCCUACUGUGACGUGGUUAUAUCCUGGAAAUUCUUGGGCCUCUCAUCAUGGCCCUCAACAGAACUCUCCAGAUAGGAACGCAGACGGCAGAAGCCAGGAAAUAGAGGCCGCAGUGCAGGAAACCAGGACACAGCCCCUACCAUUAGCUGGGAUGGUGCACAUUUGACAUGAGCUGGUCAGAAAAUUAUGCCUUCCACAAAGGUGCCUCUGAGCCUGAGGCUGGGCAGGACUGCUAUAAAAGGCAGCCCAAGUCUCUGCUCUCUCAUCCACUUCUCUCACCUCCUUCUCCUCAGGAAUCCUCAGGUGCACCUGUGACCCCGAGCCAUGUCCUGCUGCCGGCCCUGCGACCCUUGCUGCCAGCCCUGCGGCCCCUGCCCGCUGGCCAGCAGCUGCAAUGAGUGCUGUGUCAGGCAGUGCCAGAGCUCCCAUGUCGUCAUUGAGCCGCCUGCUGUGCUGGUGACCCUGCCCGGCCCCGUCCUCAGCUCCUUCCCACAGAACACCGCCGUGGGAUCCUCCACCUCCGCUGCCGUUGGCAACAUCCUCAGCUCUGGCGGAGUGCCCAUCAGCUCCGGGGGCUUUGACAUCUCCUGCAUCACCAACUGCUAUGGCAGCAGAUGUUGUCCCCCCUGCUAAAUCUGCUGGCAACUUCCUUGGGCCAGAACCUCCCCGACCUCACAACGUGGAGCUGCACUGAAGAUGGAUCUUAGGCAGAAUGGAUUUGUGCCCUUGGUUUACUGUUAUUUUCUUCAACGCUCUUCCCUUCUCUUCCCUUCCUCUCAGCACCACCCAAUGCCAGCCCAGUGGGACCUGUUUGCCUCCCUCUGUCCCUCUUCAGGACAGGCAAAUGGACACUCCCACUGCACUCCAGUGGCUGCUCCUGUGUCCUCUUGGAUCUACCUCCUUUUCUUCCUUAGAAUCAAUAAAAUACUUUUGCAUCCAA